CAGACUCACCACGAUCCAACCCAUACCACUCUCUCCGUCGCCGCAUCGACGAGAGGGGCACCAGAUUCAAGGAGACCCGAGAGAGGAGGAGAGUGAUCGGAGAUGAAGACCUUCGACCCGUGGCCGGUGUUCUUCCGCCGGGAGUGGGGCCGCAACUGGCCCUUCCUCGCCGGCUUCGCCGUCACCGGCAUCCUCAUCACCAAGCUCACCGCCGGCUUCACCGAGGAGGACCUCAAGAACUCCAAGUUCGUCCAGGAGCACAAGAAGUGAACGACCAGUACUGGAGUUCUCAAAUGUGGCUAGCGAGUUCUUUCUGCGUUCUGAACUCACUUUACCCUGUUGUUCAAUGUUGACCAUGCACACUUUUUGGUCCUUCUAUAAUCUAAUAAGAGGCGUUUGAAUA